AUGUGGGGGAGCGCUGUGGACAGUGAGGCGCUUCGGCGCACUGAGUCUGGCAUGCCCACUCAGCAUUGGCACCGGGAUGCAGUUGAAUCCAGGGAAAUAAGAGAUAAUGGAAUGGAGGCUGGUGGCCAGACCACAGGCACAGUAGCCGACGGUACAUGGGGCGAGCAAGACGUGGGCGGCUUUGACGAGCAGAAUGCGAUGCAGGAGUAUGAGGCGCUUAGAAAUAACCUACUGCACCUGCACAAGACGCGCACUCGUGACUCCCAACGCAAAGACACGGCGGGAAUUUCCAGCACGAAGAGCCGAGUACCAUUCGGUCGUUCUCUCUCCCGGCCAAAGACUACAGAGACAUGUGGCAGUCAUCCAGGAGAAGACGAAGCUCCAGAUGACGAAGACGGUUUUGAGCUGGCCAACUUCAUGCGUCAAGGCCACUUCGAAAAGCGAACGGAAGCGGGCUCUGAGAAGAGAGUUGGGCUUGUCUACCGAAAUCUGACAGUCAGAGGCGCUGGGAGUACCAGCACAUUCGUACGCACCGUCCCGGACGCGAUUGUUGGGACAUUCGGGCCUGACCUGUACAACCUAUUAUCGCGUUUCUUGCCGUUUCUCAGGCCUGCGCAGUCGCCGACUCGAACCCUCAUCCACGACUUCACCGGAUGCGUGCGCGACGGCCAGAUGAUGCUGGUUUUGGGAAGGCCAGGUGCUGGGUGCAGUACAUUUCUCAAGGCUGUCAGCAACAACACAGAGACUUUCGCCGCCGUGGAAGGGAACAUAUCGUAUGGUGGCAUCUCGGCGGAUAAACAGAAAAGGAUGUAUCGCGGAGAGGUCAAUUACAACGCCGAAGACGACAUUCAUUUUGCACCCCUGAGUGUCUGGCAGACACUGACCUUUGCGUUGAAGAACAAGACGAGGAAACACGCCCAAGAGGACAUCCCGGUCAUUGUCAAUGCACUAAUGAGAAUGUUUGGAAUCAGCCAUACGAAGCAUACCCAGGUUGGAGAUGAAUAUACCCGGGGUGUAUCUGGAGGCGAGCGCAAACGUGUAUCCAUUGCCGAGACGCUGGCAUCGAAAUCAACUAUUAUGACAUGGGAUAACUCGACACGUGGAUUGGAUGCCUCGACAGCUCUGGACUAUGCGAGAUCGCUUCGUAUCAUGACUGAUAUAAGCAACCGCACCACCCUUGUGACCCUGUACCAAGCUGGUGAGGGCAUCUAUGAGAUAAUGGACAAAGUACUGGUCAUUGAUGAGGGUCGAGAGAUAUUCUCAGGCCCUGCGAAGGUCGCAAAGCAAUACUUUAUUGACUUGGGCUUCGAAUGCCCUGACCGUCAGACCACUGCCGAUUUCCUAACCGCAGUUACAGAUCCGAACGAGCGACGUAUAAGAUCUGGGUUCGAGAACAAAGUACCCCGGUCUCCUGAAGAACUGCAAAAGGCAUUUCGCAGCUCCGAGUACUAUACGAGGUUGCUGGCUGAUGUCGAGAGCUACGAGCAGCAUUUGCAGCGCACUGAUUUUGAGGCUGCGAAGCGAUUUGAAGGCGCAGUCCAGGAGUCAAAGUCAAAGACCGUGCGUCACAAGUCUUCGUAUACCGUUUCCUUCGUACAGCAAGUCCUGGCCUGUACUCAGCGCGAGUUCUGGCUUCUUUUUGGGGACACAAAAACUCUAUGGACCAAGCUGUUCAUCAUCAUCUCCAAUGGACUCAUCGUUGGCUCGAUCUUCUACGGACAGUCACUCUCGACUGAAGGGACUUUCAGCCGUGGAGGCGCAAUCUUCUUCUCUAUCUUGUUCCUAGGCUGGCUUCAACUGUCGGAACUCAUGAAAGCAGUAUCUGGGCGCGCAGUAGUCGCCCGCCACAAGGACUACGCAUUCUACCGGCCCUCGGCAGUCGCUGUUGCCCGAGUGAUACAAGACCUCCCAGUCAUAGCUGUGCAGGUCUGUAUUUUUGGCGUCAUCAUGUAUUUUAUGACUGGCCUGGACCUGGAUGCCGGCAAAUUCUGGAUUUACAUGCUCUUUGUAUACGUUACGACCAUCAACCUCACGGCCCUCUACCGCAUGUUUGCUAGCUUGUCUCCGGAGAUUGAUACAGCUGUGCGGUUCUCUGGGAUCGCUCUUAACUUACUUGUUAUCUACACUGGUUACAUGAUCCCAAAAACGCAACUUUUAUCAAACUAUAUAUGGUUUGGCUGGCUGUACUGGAUCAAUCCAGUGUCGUAUAGCUUCGAGGCGGUACUUUCAAAUGAAUUCACCAGUCGACAGAUGCAAUGCGCUGCAAGCCAGCUUGUACCCCAGGGGCCUGGUGCGCAACCCGCAUAUCAAGGCUGUGUUGUUAGUGGCGCUGGAGUUAAUGCGCAGGCGGUGUCUGGUGAUGACUACAUUCAGUCCUCUUUCGGAUAUAGUCGAUCACAUCUCUGGCGUAACUUCGGCGUGGUCAUCGCGUUCACGGUCCUCUACCUCCUGGUCACACUCCUUGCCACGGAAUUAUUCAGCUUCGCUUCAGGUGGAGGUGGCGCCCUCAUUUUCAAGAAAAGCCACCGGGCCAAGCGACGGGUCAAGCUAACCCAAUCACCAUCAGAAGAAGAAAAAACCUCAGGCGGUGGGAGCGACUCGAAUGACCAGUCUUCCAGUACUAAGCUAGGAGACUCGCCGGCGUCGGCUGGGAAUGAGAGUGAAGGUAUGGAGCAGCUUACGAAGAGCGACUCCAUAUUCACCUGGAGAGAUGUGGAGUACACAGUUCCUUAUUUGGGUGGCGAACGUAAGCUGCUGAACAAAGUCAAUGGCUACGCAAAACCUGGGCUUAUGGUAGCUCUCAUGGGAGCGUCCGGUGCUGGCAAGACCACGCUUCUAAAUACUCUUGCUCAACGACAACGCACUGGAGUUGUCUCCGGCGAGAUGUUCGUCGACGGCCGACCGCUGGGCACCGACUUUCAACGUAACACUGGAUUUUGUCUUCAAGGGGAUCUCCAUGAUGGUACACAAACCGUCCGAGAAGCAAUCGAAUUCUCGGCAAUACUGCGUCAAGAUGCGUCGAUUCCUCGGAGCGAGAAGCUCGAGUAUGUGGACAGGAUCGUUGAUUUAUUGGAGUUGCAAGACCUUCAAGAUGCCAUCGUAAUGUCACUAGGGGUUGAACAGCGGAAGAGGCUCACGAUCGGAGUUGAGCUUGCCGCGAAGCCCUCGCUGCUACUGUUCCUGGAUGAACCUACCUCGGGUUUGGACUCUCAGUCGGCAUACUCGAUCAUCCGAUUUUUGAGGAAGCUCAGCAGAGCUGGUCAAGCCAUCGUGUGCACAAUCCACCAGCCCAGCUCGAUCCUGAUACAGGAAUUUGACAUGGUUCUCGCUCUUAAUCCUGGUGGAAAUACUUUUUACUUUGGACCGAUCGGCGAAAACGGGAAAGAUGUUAUCGAGUACUUUGGCGAACGUGGUGCUGUGUGUCCCCCCAACAAGAAUGUCGCCGAGUUUAUUCUCGAGACUGCUGCGAGGCCACACAGGAAACCAGAUGGAACAAAAGUCAACUGGAAUGACGAGUGGAGUGAUAGCGACCAGGCACUGCGAGUUAUUGAAGAGAUUGACGGACUCAAGCAAGUCCGCAGCAGAGCCUCGCAGCCUGAGAAGGUCACAAAAGCCCAGCAGAAGGAAUAUGCGGCAUCCGUCUGGCUGCAGACAACUGAGUUGACCAAACGAAUGUUCAGGCAGUAUUGGCGGGAUCCUUCCUACCUAUAUGGCAAAUUCUUUACCUCUGUGAUCAUGGGUAUAUUCAAUGGUUUCACUUUCUGGCAGCUUGGCUACACGAUCCAAGACAUGCAAAACCGCAUGUUCACAAGCUUUCUCAUCAUCACAAUCCCAGCGACCGUCGUAAACGCGGUCGUACCCAAAUUUUUCGGCAACAUGGCUCUCUGGCAGGCACGAGAGUACCCGUCCCGAAUAUAUGGAUGGGUUGCCUUUUGCACUGCGAAUAUUGUUGCCGAAGUUCCUGCGGCCAUUAUCUCUGGUUUUCUCUACUGGGUUCUUUGGUACUGGGCCACUGGCUUGCCUACCGAGAGCUCCGUCUCGGGGUAUGCAUUCCUAAUGACUGUGUUGUUCUUCCUUUUUACGAACAGCUGGGGUCAGUGGAUCUGUGCCUUCGCUCCUAGUUUUACUGUUAUCUCCAACGUGUUACCUUUCUUCUUUGUCAUGUUUGGGCUAUUCAACGGAGUGGUACGGCCUUACUCAUCGCUCCCUGUAUUCUGGCGAUAUUGGAUGUAUUGGGUCAACCCGUCCACGUACUGGAUCGGCGGAAUGCUUGCAGCGACGCUUGACGGUGCCCCUAUACAGUGUGCAGACGAGGAGACAGCACGCUUCGAUCCACCACCAGAUCAGACCUGCCAGGCCUAUGCAGGAAUAUUUGCGGAGCGUGCCGGAGGGUACCUGCUCAACCCUGAUGCAACUAUCGGGUGCAUGUAUUGCCCUUACACAGUCGGCAACCAAUACCUGGCAACAUUGAACAUCGACGCAAGCCAGAAAUGGAGAGACUUCGGUAUUUUCUUGGCCUUCUGUAUCUCCAACUGGGCAUUGGUAUACUUCUUCAUCUUCACAGUUCGUGUCAAAGGGUGGAGUUUUGGAAUGGGAUAUAUCUUUGGGGGACUUGGCAAAGUUGUAGAUCUGUCGAAGAAGCCCUUCCGGUCUAACGCCAAGAAGGAGCAUCAGUGA